AUGGUAAUUCUCUUAGUAAAAAGGGGAGAUGAGAACCAAUUUCUCUACGAAACUGACGUGGAGAAAGAAGUAGAUGAAGUAGUGAAUGAUAUAACAGCGAUUUUCAAUGGAAGACUAAAAGUGACUCGGAUAUGUUACGAGUUUGAAGAACUUUGGAAGCAUGGGACGUUUUUACCACCUGAGAUGCAGGGCUUGAAUGAAGAUCAGAUCAAAGAGUUAAAACUUGAAGACCCUUGGGCCAAGCGCUGUGCUCCACCAAAUUACGAAUUCUGUAAAGAUGAUAUGGGACGCCGCUGCGGGCUUGCCCCUCCAGCUAACAUGCAAGAUGUGAUGAAGAAAGCUUCUGAAGACGCCAAAGAAUUUAUUAGUAAGAAACAUGUGGAUCUUCGUAAAUGUCUCACUCAAAAGGAUGUGGCGCGAGCUCUAGAUGAGCUUCGAGGAGCAACCAAGAUCGUUUUUCCCGGAGGGCUUCCACCUCAUGAUCCUGUUCGCAUGGAAUUGGACAAUGUUGAAGAUUUGACUGGUACUCAUGCUUCAACGGAAGUGAUAGACCCGACUAGAGCUUGCUUGUGGGCUUGCGGCAAGAAGUUCAUUAGUGGCAAUAAACUGAAAGAUCAUUUGGGUAAAAACAACAAAACCAAGGUGACUGUAAAAAUCACCCCUAACUCAGAAGGUGCUCCAGGCAGAGAACCUGUUAUGUCAGAAGAUGAGCGUAAGCAACUUAUGCUACACGCGUACAGAAAGCAAGAAGAGUGGAAGAAACUGGAGCAGGAUGAAGAUGAUAGUUAUUUGGACUCCAAAUGGGCCGAUGGCAAGGAUCUGAAAAGACAAUUCCAUGGGUUGAAUAAUAUUUCUUGGAAACCAGUUUUAAGAAAGUGA